UAAUGUGGGUAUUUGGUUAUGGUUCGCUGAUAUGGAAAGCAGACUUUCCGUACGAAGAAAUUCUUGUUGGUCACAUCAAAGGAUAUAUCAGGAGAUUUUAUCAAAAAAGCAUAGAUCAUAGAGGAAUACCUAGUAGACCUGGUCGUGUUGUAACAUUACUUAAUUCUGAUAAUCCUAAUGAUGAAGUAUGGGGUGUUGCUUAUAGAAUAUCACCUCAAAACAAAGAUAAAGUUGUAAAACACUUGGAUUAUAGAGAAAAAGGAGGAUAUGAAAGAAAAAGUGUGCUCUUUUAUCCAUCUUAUUCAAUUAAAGAUACUGCAUCGUAUUCCUUAGCAAAUAAUAAAUUUCCAAGUGAUUUAGAAAAUGAAAAAUUAUUAUCAUCAGUUUCAGAAAACACACCAUUUUAUAUUACAAUUUACAUAGGUGGAGAAGAUAAUCCAAAUUAUGCAGGUGUAGAAGAUAUAUAUACAAUAGCAAAACAAAUAUUAGUGUCUCAUGGUCCUAGUGGAGCAAACACAGAAUAUUUAUAUAAUUUGGCAUCUGCAAUGAGAUUAAUAGCACCAGGUAUAAAUGAUGAACAUUUAUAUGUAUUAGAAGCAACUGUUAAAACAUUAGAACAAGAAAAAAAUAUAAAAAUAAAAUUAAAUGAAAGUUUAUGUACUAGUGAAAAUGGAUAAGAAUUUUAUUUUAAUAAAUAUUUAUAUAUCAAAGAUGAUUAUUGAUGAUAAUAAAAAAAUUGUAUUUAAAAUUUUAAAAAAUAAAAUUAUUUGUAUUAUCUAUAUAAUUAAGAAAACUUUAGAAAAUAGACAAUUAUUUGUAUUAUUUGUGCAAUUAGAAAAUAAAAAUAAAUUUUUUAUAAGAAA